UACAUGGUCAUACUUAUUUAUCGUUGCAAUAACAAACAGUUUUGUUUUUUUUACUAUUAUUAAAUAUAGACGAAAUAUGAUUGCACAAAGCUUAAGGGCCAUUGCUCAAAGAAGUCGCGGUCAUCUCCUCUUGCCACAUGGUUCGUCCUGCCGUAAGCUGCACACCGGCAUGGCUGUUAACUUCAGCAAGGCCUACGACUACGAUGGCAAAACAAAAGUCUCAAUAUUCAAUACAGAAACAGAUCUAGGCCUUAUGAUUACUGGUUAUAGUCAGUACGGCUUUAGGCUGAAUAACGACAUGGUCCUAAUUGGUCCAAUCAGUGUUUUUCCUAGGUCGGUUCUUUCUUGGAACGUGAACACGUUCGAGGACAUAAACGAAGAAAGCCUUAGCUUGUUCCCCACUCUGGAUCCGAAAAUUGAUGUUCUCAUAAUUGGCAUUGGCGACCAGAGCCCGUCGCCGCCGCUGUCCAAGAGGAUCAUAGAGUUCAUGAAGAAACACAAAAUAAACGUUGAGGUUCUUCGAACGGAGCAGGCUUGUGCCACAUUCAACUUUCUAAAUGCUGAGAGCAGAAUGGUGGCAUGCGCCCUCAUACCCCCCCUGCAUAUAUCAUAUAAUGAGAACGACAUUCUGCAAACGAAGCUAAAGCAGAAGGAACUUUAUGAGACCGAUUAGGAGCGGACUGAACUGUCUUGUCUUUGUAGAAUAUUUGCGUCUUUGUUAGGAAUUAAACGAACAUACAUAUAA